UAAUUAUCGUGUUGUUAAAUACAAUAGGUAUAAAGUUCAUUAAACGGUCACUGACUAAAAUAUAGUCGUCAUUAUCGAGUGGUACAUAUUAUUCUGGCCUCUGUCAAAUACAGUUGCUGUCAAUUUAUAGUUAUAAUUUUAUUACUAUUGUUGUUAAUACGGAUUUUUUUUUUUGUUGGGACGGUAUUGGCUUUGUCAGAAAAAAAAUGAACUAUGAAACAUUGAAAUCAAAGUUCGAAAAGGACGGAUAUGUGGUAAUAAACAAUUUCUUCGAUGAAAACGAUGUGGAAAAACUCAAAAACGCUGGUUUGAAGCUCACACAAAAUGUUCCAAAUGAGGCAAAAACGGUGUUUAAGACCAGCCAGAAUAAUCAGGAAAUAAGUAGUUAUUUCAUGGAGAGUUGCGAUAAAAUAGGAUAUUUUUAUGAAAAAGAUGCUUUGGACGAAAACGGCGAUCUGUUGGUAGAUCAAUCAAUUGCAUUGAACAAAGUCGGCCAUGCAUUACACAGACUAGAGCCCACAUUUGAAGCAUAUACUUAUAAUGAUAAAGUUUCAAACAUAUGCCGAGCUCUAGGAUUGAUCAGACCGACGGUGGUUCAGAGUAUGUACAUCUAUAAAAAUCCAGGAAUCGGCGGUGAAGUGGUUGCACACCAAGACUCGACGUUUCUCCACACAGAACCAGAUUCAUUGGUAGGAUUUUGGAUUGCAUUGGACGAUUCUACAAUAGAAAACGGCUGUCUUUGGGUCAUACCAGGUACUCACAAGAACGAUGUACACCAAAAGUUGGUGUGCGAUCCUAAAAACAAAUCAAGAAAUCAAACGAUAUUUCAAGGAACUUUUCCAGAUUAUGAGCAAUCUGCAUUUGUUCCAGUACCCGUGAAGAAAUCUGGUCUUGUAAUCAUCCACGGUAGAAUUAUACACAAAAGCGAUCACAACAAAUCACAGCUUUCUAGACAUGCAUACACAUUUCAUGUUUACGAUGAAGCGUCGAGUCAAUACUCUGACAAGAAUUGGUUACAAACAAAGAUAGGAUUUAAAUCUCUAUACUUAUAAUUUAUUUUAACAUUUUUACAUUUUAUGUCUAAAAAUAUUUUUAAAAAAAUGGAAACUUCUUGUCACUAAUAUGAUUACCUUAAUAUAAAGUAUAAAACUUAUUCAUUAAUACAAACAAUAACAUAAAACGGUUAAUCAAUUUGUAAAAAAAUUGUUUUGAAAUAAACAUAACAAUAUAAAAUUUGCCACUAAGACACACCAAGGUAGUAAUGUUAAAACUAUGAACUUUUAACAAUUUUAAAUUUAUGGUAAACAUGUUUUAAUAGUUAAACAAAAACUAAAAUGACCGAGUCUUUCACUUAUUGUUAACAUUAAUAUAUGUAUACAACCUAGUUUUAAUUUAGUAAUAAUAGGAACGGUCUUGUUCUCUCAGUCUUUAAAAAUAAUUUAUUUUGAAUUUUUUGUAGUACUCAUAUUCUUUUUGAUAUCAGUAAUGUUUUGAAUGGCAGAUAAAUGGUUUUGUAAUGAUACAAGUACAUAUAAAAAUGAAUUUCUGUAAUACACAAUAACCAAAUUAAUUAACCGAUGAUUAUACAUAAUAAACAUAUUACAUAUAUAUGGGUAUCCUUUAUUUUGGACUUUUUAAAAAUGUUAUGCUGCCAAGGUCUCAAACUGCUCUAGUGAGUGGAAAAAAGAAAAAAGGUCUCAUCCAAACAUUUGCUCUUCAAAACUGCAGCACCCUUGAUUAAUCCAGUAUUCGAUGGCAUUGUGUCAAAGCUCUAAGCUUUAGGUACUUACCUAAAAAUACUGCUUGGUAUCAACCAUAAGUUACCAAACAAUUAUUGUUUUUUUCAAACUAGUUAUUAUUUUUAUUAUAGAAAGAGUUUAUUCAUUAUUGUUACAUUUUAUUUAUAUGAUCAAUUACUGUAUCUGCAUGAAAAUGAUAAUCCUACCUAUUUAUCCCUUAAAAAAAAAUUAUUUCAAAAAAUCCUAAAAUUUUGACUGUGCGCAUGUGCAAAAUGGCGAACUAACUAAUUUUUUAAUUUUUAUUUUAAAGUAUGUGUCAUACACAAGCGACUCACAUUGGUCCCAUAUUUUUAAGAUUUUUUUUAAUAUCUUUCAAAAAUGUUGAAAAAAAAGUUUCAAUAAUUCCGUGUUAUUUAAAUGGGAAACUUCACCGUCUUACAGGCACGAGUAAAUAUUUAGCUAACUCAAAGCUGACUAAAGCAGUAAAAUUUUCAGGGCUUUUUUUUCACACACUACACACUACAUUCAACUAGAGUAAUUUGAGAUCUUGAGAGCAUAACAUUACGCAAAAGUCCAAAAUAAGGGAUACCCUUUUAUAUACUCACUUUUCUUUCAUUAAACAAUAGUCAGCCACAGACUUUUUACUAAUCUUUGCAAAAUAUUUAUUAAAUCCAAUAAUUGAUUUAAGGAACUCGUUAACAAUUGUAUCCUGGUUAUCCAACAGGGUUUCGGAAUCCAGUUUGUUAAUCCUAAAGACAAUUUUUUUUGUAUUAAUGAAAAUAAUGCUUAUACGUACAAUAAGACUUAUAUAUUUCACUUACUUUAACAUGAUGUCAACAAUAGUUGUUACUUUGGAGUAAAAUUCAUCGAUUUGUGUAUUCAA